CGGGUCUGGACCUGUCGGGGUGAGUGCCUCCCACCACUUGGUGCCCUCUCCUUGGACAAAGACCCAGGGCCUGUCCUGCAGGGGCAGGAGAAGCGUCCACCUCCCAUACCUCCUCAGCCCCUUCCUUCUCUGAGCCAGCCUGUUGCCUGGUCUCCACUCCAGGCCCCACUGACUGCAAUGUGCCUCCACGUGAAGACCAAGCCCUGCCACGGCGGGUGGAGAGCUCCUGGCCUACUAUUGCUGCUGCUGGCACUGGCCACCGGUGGGGCUGUGGCUGGAGGGCUUCUUGGCUUCGCUCACAGCCCUCUCAAGCCACUGCUGCAGACGCUCCGUCUGACCCUCCCGAGCCCCAGGGUGCCCCGGUCCAACCAAACCGAACAGGUGGACGUGGCCCAGAAUGUGGCAACCAUCAAGGUGACUCCAGCUCAGAGCAACCACAGCUGGGCAGUGCUGUUCGACGGGCAGAGCGGUUGUGUCUGUUACCGCCCCUCAGAGCACCGGGCCUGCUUCCUCCGCCUGAUGGAACCCCGAGACCGCGAGACCCUGCAGCUGCUGGUGAACACCUCUUGGGUAAGGAGCCUCCGGCCAGGGGCCAGACAAAGGGUCCUGUGUGUGGCCUGGGCCCGGGGCAGGAUGGGGCUCCAGUUUCAGGGGAACAGAAGCUCUAUCUUCCUUUGGUUGAGGCUGCUGACAAGAGCCAGGGCAGGGCUGGCACGAUGCCAGCAUGUCCAGGGACACGUCGGCCCAACCCAGUCAGGGGCAGUGCGAGUGUCCUUCUCUGCAGCCCCAAGGGACUCACAGCACCAGCCAGGACACCCACUAUGCCGAGGAGCUGCUGGCAGUGCUUGGGAGCCAUGAGGUGGACCCUGCCCAGGUGGGGGCUUCCGUGCGGAACCUUUGUGCAAAGACCCCCAUUUACUGGGCCCG